CUGUGUCACCACUAGCAGGUGUCAGCUGCCCCGCCCCUCUUCCCUCCUUAAAAGGGUCGCUCUCCAGAGGCCUCCCAGGGUCAGAGCGCCGCUGCGCGACCAGCACACCCGUGUGGGGCUCCGACGCCAAGGACAGGACGUGGGGAUCCAGGUUCUGUCUUCCCUUCUGGCGUGGUGUGGCCUGGACUCGGCCUCGGUUUUCCCCGCCGGGGGAGUGAGGACUGGCGCUGAAGCGCGAGUCGGGAGGGGGCGGGGCCGCACUCCAGACGGGCCGCUUCGCCCAGGGGUUUCAAGGACCACUCCCGGCCCCACCCCACGAUGACUUCCCACGUCCUCCUGUUGCUUCUCGCCUCCUCCAUCCUGGGGGACCCGGACUCUGCGGGCAGACGGCCCCUGCAUCAGGUCGCCCAGAACCGCAGGCGCCUCUGUUCCCUGGGCACAUGCCAGACGCACCGCCUGCCAGAGAUUAUAUACUGGCUCAGCUCUGCCUCCACCAAAGAGCUCUCAGGGAAGGCCGGCCGCGAGCCCCAGGACCCCCACAGCUACGGGCGCCGCCGUAAGCGCGACGCCAGAGUCCUGCUCCGUCUCUAUGACCCUGGCCCGAAGAAAAGAGGCCAGCGCAGUGCCCGGCUGGCUGGGUGACGUCGGGCACGUCCCUGUUCCUCCUCUGGCCUCAGCUUACCUACCUGUGUAUUGGGGCCACGAUCCCAAGUUUCUUUUGCCCUCCAUCUCCUGGGCUCACUCAGAAACUGUCUCCCCCCGGCUGUGACUGGGCUGGACUCGGUGCACACCGGACCUAGCAUGUACAAAGAAUACUAUCGUCCAGAGCCUAAUAAAACGAGUUUCACGUUUCA